AUUUGUCUUUCAAUUGACCACUAAAUAUAACAUCUUAUGUGUUUCGGUGGAUACUAAUGAUGGAUGACAUCGAUGGUCAUCAGUGGUCAUCAAAUAUAAUAAGUGAUUGUAAUUUCAAUCACUUUUCAUUUCAAUGUAUUUAAUGGUAAAACAUAUGUAUUAAUAAACAAACAGUCAAUCAAUCAAUGCUUUCAAUGAAUAAAUGUUUGCGUUAUUUGUGAAUCACUUCAUAGAAGUUGAUCACUUUAUCCAUACAAUGGCAUUACAAUCAUUAUUAGGUUUACCGAUAAACCCGACUUUCGGAUCAUUGGACAACACUCUGAAUGUGAAUGCGAUGAGGGAUUUAUCUUCAUUUAAUACGACUGCACUUCCGAUGCCAGCCAUGGAUUCGUUUGAUAUGAAGAACUUAUACGACGCGAACAAUUCGUCCAAAAAGAUUAACAUUCAUUUAGCAAAGGGAACCACAACUCUUGCCUUUAGAUAUAAUAAAGGAGUUGUUGUGUGCGCCGACAGUAGAGCCACUGGCGGACAGUUUAUCGGUUCGCAAGAAGUCCGCAAAAUCAUACCAAUCAAUAAGUAUUUGUUGGGAACAAUGGCCGGCGGAGCUGCCGAUUGCACGUAUUGGGAGCGCGUGUUAUCCGAGAGAUGCCGUAUAUAUGAGUUGAGGAAUAAAGAGCGCAUUUCAGUGGCCGCGGCUUCAAAACUAUUGGCUAAUAUUCUCUAUAAUUAUAAGGGAAUGGGUCUCUCAUUGGGUGUUAUGAUCUGUGGUUGGGAUCAGAAGAAAGGGGCGCAGGUUUUCUAUGUUGACAGCGAAGGACACCGAAUGCCCGGAGAUUUGUUUAGUGUGGGCUCUGGAAGUACUUAUGCUUACGGUAUACUCGAUUCAGGCUAUAAGUGGGAUAUGACUGAUGAAGAAGCCUAUGAUUUGGGUCGUCGAGCCAUUUAUCACGCCACACAUGGGGACGCUUACUCCGGAGGAAUUGUCAGAGUUGCAUCAAUCAAAGAGGACGGAUGGAAGAUGAUUAGCGAAGAAGACUGUAAAGACUUGCAUUACAGAUAUCUCGAAGAGAAAAAUAAGUAAUAUUUGUCUUAUAAUUCUGUUUUCAUCUGAUUUUGAAACUUAUUUUUUAUUAUUCAAAUAAAAAACUUUAAUUUAUAGACAAA